UAUAUUAAAAAUAUUUGUGUUUAGCAGCCACUCUUGUUAAUUAUACAAUUUUUCAUUUUUGCAGCUGUUAAACUCAAUGCAGAAGCUGAACUUCAGGAGGAGUUUACCCAGCCAUAGUUGCGUUUGGGCAUAAAUGCCUUGGGCGGAAGCCUAUAAGUAUUAACACAUUCACAUCUACGUGUUUAUGUAUGUAUGCAUGUGUACAUUUAUGCGAACCGGUGCAAAUAUACUAACAAAUUGCAACUAUAGCACUCUGCUUUUAACAGCAGCGCAAAAAUUUGAAGAGCAUAAAGAAAAUAAAAUAUAAAGCCAGCUUAGGCUGCGAAUAGGGAAAAUAAAAUGUCGACACGUAAAACAGCAUCAGUGGCAGUGACAACAACGGCUACAACAACGACACGAGCUGCCACACCGACUGGUAAGUCGGAAAAUAUGACAACCAAAGGGACGUCACCAUCUACCACAGCAGCAAAGCCAGUGGUAGCAACAUCGACAAACUCCACACCAUCCUCAGCAAACACAACUGUUGAUGCGAAAGCAGAAAUGGGGUCGAAUGCAUCCUCUGGCGUUUGUGUUGAUGUUGAAAUGAGUAAAGCAACAGAGUCGGUAAGCGCAAACACAUCCAGCAGCAAAGAAUCAACAAAGACAGACACAAGGCGUGCAAGUAGCGAGCCAAAGCGUAUAUUGAGAAACUCUCCGCUUUUGCUGGCAUCUCCAACGCCGUCUAGUGGCACCCCGAAGGAGUUUCGUAGUAACGAAACUUGUGAUUCAGAGUUGACAAAUAGCGAGAGCGAAGACGGUGCAUCUGGGCGACGAUCAUUGCAAAUAAAAGGACGGAAAUCUCUUAAAGAGUGCAGAGACGCGAAAGUAGAUGCCGAAAAGGAUACAUUGAAGGAAGAUAAUGCACCCGAAGUUAUUGAAUCUGAUAAGGAAACAAAUGAUGUAAAAGAGAAAGAUGUUAAAGGAUCUAAAGAAAUUAAAGAUGAUAAAAAGAAAGAAGAUGGAGAAACCGAAGACAGUGCAAAAGACAAUAUCGUGGCAAAUGCACAUGUUAAUGACAUCACACCCACUACUUCAAGUGCAACAGCUACAACAUCCUCUAAUUCUACUUCGACAACAUCGUCACCGUCGGCAGCAACAACAACCACAACAACCAACAGGCUGACUAGAAAAUCCGUGGCACAGGAAAUAGCUGCUAAUACCCGCGUGACUCGUAACCGCCAAUCGAACACACUUCGUCCGGAAACGCCCCCAAUUACCACAGCACCUACUAGCACAUCGACACGCCCGCGCCGUUCAACCGCCGGCAAGAAAACUUCGUUUUCUUCGAGUGAGCCAGCUGCCAAACGUAAACGUGGCGAGGACGAUGACACACCAAGUGGCAGCACAGAGAGCCUAUCCGGUAAAAUUAUCAAAAUAGAACCGAAGGAUGACUCUGAAGCUACCGAGGAUGAGUUGCCAGCACCAUCAGCCCUUUCAGUCGUAACCAACAAUGAAAUAGAGGCAUUGAAAAUUAAAUCAGAGCCCGUCGAAAGUGACGAAUCAGCAACAGAAGCUGGUACAGCAAACUCGAGUGUGACGCGCAGUCGUAGUCGUUGGAGUGUACGCAAGCAACAACAAUCAAACCAACAAAGUUCGCCGAGUACUCGCGCUACGCGUCACUCGAAAAACGCCUCACCAUCACCGUCGCCAACUGCGUCAUCGACGUCCAGCGCAAGCGGUGUUACAGCAGCUGAAUCGAAGCGCAGGCGUACCAACGUUCAGUCUAAUACUCUGACGCGAAGUUCAUCGCAGACACUUUUAAAGACUGCAGCAACAGCCGGCGUAAAUCCAACCGCCACUCCAGUUCAUGUACCUGACGAAGACUCUAAAGACAGCAUAGCUUCAUCAUCUAUAGAUGAGUUGCUGGCAGAUAUAAAAAUGGAAAAGUUUACCCCUGAUUUGGCUAACGAAUUAAUUGCAGAAAUUAUAUUGGAAGAAAAGCAUAUUGACGUUGCUAGUAGUUCCGUCUCUUUGCCGCUCACAGUUGAAACGGAAAUAAAAACCGAUAAAAAGGAUAUGAAUACUGCCGGUGUGACUGAUGAAACGAAGGAAGUUGUGGCGGCAAAGGGACAACCAAGUACCCCAGUGACCACAACAAGUGAUUCCACAUCAGUCAACGAGAAUACCGUGAAGGCAGCCUCGCUUAGUCCAGAAAUGGUGAGUGAAGGUGUGAGUGAGAUCAGUGUUAAGCAGUUUUACAAAAAGCCAAAAUUCUUGGAAAAUAAUUUGGGAAUCGAAGAAGAUCCAAAAUUGGGAGAGAUUGUGCAAAAAGUUACUACAGAAAAAGAGAAAGAGCAAACUAUCACCGAAGUUGAAGAUGCAGCUGAUACAGUGGACAAAGAUGCAACAUCGUUAUCGUCAAAGAAUAAGUCAGAAAACGAUGAUAUUGAUGCAAUAUCCGUUGAGAGUGAUGAGAUAAAAGAAGGCGACCUACGAGUGGAUGACAGCAAUGAAGAUAAGAAGAAUUCAUUUAAUGAAGAUGCCAACAGUUUGAGCACAGAAGUAUUAUCGCCUUUAGUAAUCGAGGAAGAUGAUGAGGUGGAGGCUGUUGCUGAUGAUGAUAUAGAAACAAUGGAAUGUGAGAAAGUCGAAACAUCCAUUACUGAAAAAGGGGAAAUAAAAAAAGACUCUGAGGACUUGAACAACGCAGAUGAAGUAGAUGCUGAAGAUGAUGUCACAAUGGAGGAAAGUGAGACCAUAUCUAUGGAUAAUAAUGCUUCAGUUCAUGAAGAUGUAAUGGAUGAUACACAUAUAGACGGAGAUUUGGAGAAUAGCACUGAAAUUUCGGAAAAUAAAGCAGAUCUGGGUGUGUCAGAUGGGACAGAAAUUAAUGAAAAGACUAAAACUGAAUGUGAUAGUAUACAAGCCAAGCUUAAAGUUGAAAAUGAAAAUAAUAUGGACCUAAAGAAUGAAAUCAUAGAGGGUGAGAAGGAUGCGAAAUUAAAAAGCUUAGAUGAAGAGGAGAAGGUAGAGGGAGAAUACUCAGAAGAUAGACCUAUCCAGAUGGAUAUUGAUGGGAAUGAAUGUGUAGACUUAGCUGAAGCUAUGGAUUCUAUUCACUCUGAAGAGGACGACGAAACUAAGUUGUGUAUAGAUAUGCCGGAAGAAAAUCCUUCAACUACAAAUAUGGAGAUUUUUGAAAACAUAGAGGACGAUGAGGUUGUCGCAAAGAUUGAUGCAGAGUUGAAAAAAUAUGACGACUUAGAAAGGAGCAAGGUUAAUGAGAAACCAGUUAGCACUGAUUCAGUUAGCUCCGAUAAAGAAGUUGGGGAUAUUGAAAUCAAAUUGCCAGCUGAUUUGGGCUUAAUCAAAAUGGAUCUUGAACUAAAAGAUAAAACGGUGACAACCAGCGCAACUGAUGUGCUGGAAAAAAUCGAAAAUAUUUCUGUUGUUGAAACUACAACAAUCGAUGCUAUAAACAAAUCUGAAAUUAAGGAGUCAAACAAAUCAAAAUUCACAGAGAAAGAGGUAUCGCUUUCUUCUACACCCAAUUCACCUACCAAGUUAUCAGCUGGCCAUAAGGAGGACGAUUCAACGUCCAUGAAGUCCGGCCAGUCGACAGAUAGCAGUUCAUGGGUGACACUCGACGAUGAGGAAGCAUUGCGCCAGAAAGAGCAACAUUUUCAAAAUCUUGGUCUAUUAACGCAUAAAGCCGCCGAAAAGCGCCGUCUAGAAUAUAUACAAAGCUCUGCCGCUGCAGAAGCCUCACGUGCGCAACACCAGAAUAGCAGCAGCACUAAACGCAACAGCAAAUCAUCAAAUUCUGCUACGGCCCACGAAUACACCGGUACCCUUAAGACAGUUAUUAAAAUAAAUCGCAACACUAGCGGUGGAAGCCAUGCCUCGACUUCGGGUAACGGACGGAAAAGCAAUGGGACUGGCGGCCAGCAUGCGACUGCAUUCGCGGGUACAUCCAGGGAUUCAACAAAUGGCAGUACAGUACGCAGGCAAUCACUUAAAAUGACAUUCCAAAAGGGACGUGGCCGAGGGCAGGGAAAUACUGACCGUGCUGCUGAUCAGCAUAGCAAUGUCGAGGAUGCCUACUACACUAUUCAAAAUGAGAACGAAGGUGGGCUAAAAGCAGGCAACGCCGGUUCAACGGCGGAACAUUCAAAUGUUCAAACGCAUGAUUCUUCACAUUCGGAGGGCUAUGACACAGUACAUCACCACACCAGCGCAAGCACUUCACAUAAAAAGGAUGAAAAAGAGGAAAUACUCAUACCAGAAAAGGCAUCGUCAUUCAAGUUCCAUCCUGGUCGUCUGUGUGAUGAUCAAUGCUUCUAUUGCAGCGGUAAAUUCGGCCUCUAUGACACGCCGUGUCAUGUGGGUCAAAUCAAAUCAGCUGAACGACAACAGAAGAUACUUGCAAAUGAGGAGAAACUGACAGUAGACAGUUGUUUGUGUGAUGCUUGCUUCCGUCAUGUGGAUAGACGUGCAAAUGUGCCGUCGUACAAAAAACGUAUGUCGGUAACAACCCACGUAGACAGUGCUGGAACUUCUACGGCUAGAGGGGAGGCGAUUGAUAGUGUCACCACCAUGGAAGUGGAAGAUGAUCCCCGAUCUCACAAAUGCCUAGUGCCAGAUUGCGCCAAUCCAGCUGCACAUUCCCUGCGACGCAAAUGCAUAAGGAAGAGUGUAAAGAAAUUUCUGCUUAACUUUGACAUGCCGACCGGCUCGACUUGUGUGUGGCUAUGUCAGGCGCAUUACGACACCGUCAUACAGUGCUCAGGAUGUGUGUUGUGCAAACGCCGUUUAGGCAAAAACCAUAUGUAUCACAUAACGUCGGACACCGAUCGCCUCGAAAAAGCCCUAUCAGAAAUGGGUAUCCCAGUGCAGUUGGGUAUUGGCACCGCUGUCUGCAAAUUAUGUCGAUACUUUGCAAAUUUGUUAAUGAAACCACCAGAUAGUACCAAAUCACAAAAGGCCGAGUUCGUCAAAAACUAUCGUAAACGCCUUCUACAAUUCCACAAUAUUCACGAUGGUAGCAAUGAUGCUUCCGAAGCAGAUGAUGAGGAGGGCAACGGUACCAAUUUAGUAAGUGGCGUCGACAAGUCACAUGCGUCUAACAGCAAAACUCCACAAAAAUUGGACAUUCAAGAUAGUUCCAUUGUGUUGGAAGUGACACCCGUAAAGAACUUGCCUUCACCAGCUGAAUCCAAUGGGUCAUCUAUUGAAUGUUUGGGCGAGACAACAACCAUGGAAGUCAGUGCCAAUGAGAAGAAUGACACAGAAAAACAGCCACCAUCGAAACAAAACCUGGUGAUCACUAACGAUGUAUUGGUAGGCUUUGAAGCAACGGCGAUUCUGUCAACGGAUUCCAAUUCGUCUAGCUCCCCAAUGUCACCAACAAAUGGUGGCGGCACUGGUAAACAACAAAUGUCUAAACUUAAGGCAAUCUUGCAGAGCAGCAAUGGCAUUUCCAAUGCCAGUGCAGCCUCACUUAAAACUUCAACAUCCUCGGCGAGUGGUGCUGCUACCAACGAUAUAUCGAAUGUACUGCGAGCAAAUCCAAAUAUUUCUAUGCGUGAACUCUUCCCAGGAGAAGAGGAUCUUGGUUUGAAUUUCAAGGUGCCUUUUGGCAGCAGUACAAGUCAGCGUACACCUGAAGGUUGGACCAGAGUUCAAACAUUUUUACAAUAUGACGAAGCAACGCGACGAUUAUGGGAAGACUUACAGAAGCCUUAUGGCAAUCAAAGUUCUUUCCUGCGGCAUCUGAUACUGUUGGAGAAAUACUAUCGCAACGGCGAUUUGGUGCUCUCACCCAACGCUUCCUCAAACGCUAGUGUUUAUACACAGACAGUGCGACAGCGUCUCACCUCCUAUGAUCAGGGACACUGUGGUGGGCUAUUGAGUGCUAAACCCAGCCCGGCAACUAGUAAGCGAAGCAGUACCGACAUUCCUACCGUAGAAAUCAAUGAAGAUGACGAUGAACCGAAGCGCACUGGUUCGAAUGGCAGUGGCGUCCAACAAAUGGAGGUGGAUAAGGUUACUCGGGAUCCACCCAAUCCGGUUCGUGCCAAACGCCAUCGUAGUGAUUCAGUGGAUAAACUAACCAAGCAGUUGAGUUCCAAUGCGGUGACCAUAAUAGCGCGCCCCAAACCUCAGCCACAAAUAGGUGGUGAUCCUUCUCCUCAAAAGUCACUACUAAAGGAUAAAUCGAGCGAUAACAGUGUUGUGGCAUCUACCACGCUCACAGCACUGAGUGGCAAUAGCGGUAGCGCAGGCGGCAACAGCAGCAGCAGUAGUCCUAAUAGCAGCAGCACAUCAGGUAAUAGCCGCAGCAUUUUGAAAACUAAUUUGCUAGGUAUGAAUAAGGCUGUUGAAAUCGUACCAAUAUCAGCGUCUAGUAGCGCUAGUGCGCCCGGUAACAAUGCAGCUACAUCGAUCGGAAAAUUAACAAGUGGCAACAACAGUAGUGGCCCCUCUGAGAGCAAGCAUCAAAAAAUACUCGAGCUUGCAAAUAAGCUCUUGGACAAUCGCAUUGAAGCAGCGGCCGCCGCAGCCGCGGAACAAACAAAAAAUAGCUCAGGCACAUCAUUGAUAACCUCGCCGCCAGAACUAGUAAGUCUACAACGUCGUUCUGUGGGCGCUACAAGUAGUAGUUCCACCAGCACCAGCAACGCAGCACCCUCAACCAGCAUUACGCCUAUCUCUUCCCUCACUGCAAGUCUUAUAAACAACAAGCGCCCACAAGGCGCUCCGAAACCGGUAACCACCAGUGUAGGUGAGAGUAGUACCGCGGCGCCGCACCGAGCAGCGCCACCAAAUGUGGUCAUACUGCCGGACACCUUAACACUUCGAGAGCGACAGCAGCGCAGUUGGCGCCCCACGCUGAUGCCCGUUGAAGAGAAUUUGCAUUUAAUCGACAAGGGCGGUCCGCUUUAUCAAACUGCGGACGGGCGCCGACUGCCUGCGCUGGUACAAGUGCUGUCGGGGGGCAAGCCUUUUCUCAUCUCAAUUUUCGACUACAACCGAAUGUGUAUCCUAAGGCGUGAAAAGUUGUUGCGGGACCACAUGUUAAAAGGCAAGAACUCACACGACGCCAAGCAACAGCAACAACUCCAUGCAAAUAAAAUGGCAACUACGCACAGUGCGCAAAUUUCAAACUUUAAUAAACACGCCGGAAAACAGCCACAACAGCAACAACAACAGCAGCAGCAGCAACAACAACAGCAGCACCAACAACAACACCAACAGCAGCACCAACAACAACACCAACAGCAGCAACAAGCAGCCCAUCAGCAACUGAUGCAUCUACAAAUGCUGCAAAUGCAAAAACAAGCUGCCUUAAAAACUCCCAAUCGAUACCCAUCAAUCGCGCCGAAAUCGACAGCAACGACUGCCCAAAAUGGUGGCGGCGGCGGUAGCGGUCCUUCAACCUCCCAUGCGCCUGCUACCAACGUCAAUAUACCAAGUUCCAGCAGCAGUGUUUUCUCCUCGCCCAUGAUGCCAUUACUAACCAAUGCAUUCUCAAAUCCCAAUCCAAACCCACUUGCAGUCGCGGCGGCCGCAGCAGCUGCCACAGCUAAACUCAAUCCCAAUUGGAUUUGGAAUUUUCCCGAAGCGAAUCAUAUGCUCAACGGCAAUAUGGUAAAUGCCCAAGGUACACCCAAACCGCCACAGCUCAUGCACAAGGGUCCAACCAUUGGCGGCAAUAUCGCUGCGACAAUUACCUCGAAACAACAGCAACACCAAAUGCUCCUUGAUAAUACAUUGAUGUCGAAAAUUCCCAAGACCCUAACUGUAAUACCACAACAUAAACUAAUGGGUAACAUCGGCAGCACGGCGACGAAUAUAAGCCACAAGGAGUGAUGACAGCUUAAUUGUUACGCGAGUGUGAAGGGUAGAAGAGAACGCAGACAGCGUCGAUUGUACGGCGCAUGGCUGAGUAGUUGAGCAGUUAGUGAUUAGAUGAUGAUUCGAUAAUCGCGUAAAAUUGCCUUUAGCCAAGAGCUUACACAUACGUACGUAAAUACAGGUAAACUUCCAGCUUUAGUUAAGGUACAGGUCACAAAGCGGCCGACCUAAUUAGGUGAUGGUGAGAGAGAGUUUAAGCAUGUAAAAUGUGUUUUGAGAUAUGUAGUUAAGUUGUUGCCAGGAUAAUACGUCUAGCAUUCAGCAGAGUAAACUUUUAAUGCAGUAAACACGCUCUUAAUGGUAUUCAUCUAAACGCUUAAAUGCCUCGUAAACGCGUAAACCUAUUAAAUAACCAGAUUUUCCAUACAAAUUUAAGUAAAUUUACGAGGUUUACGUGGCUACGGGGCAUUUACGCGUUAAGAUGAAUACCCCUAAUAGUCAAUAGUGUUAUUUGGCUGGUGGUGAUUUUACAAUCCGCAAGCGAGCUAAACACUUGAUGCUAUAUCAGAAAAA